AUGAACACUAUAUUGAUUCUCUCCGACUUGCUCUGUCUAGCGAUUGGGAUUAGUAUCGAUAACCAUGAUCGAUUCACAGUUGCUAUCUCGGGUGACGACAUGCUCUUCCAUGGCUCCUUCGAGGUUGGAGAAUCUUUCUCUGUGAACGUUAAUUUAUCUGGGUCUCCGACAUCACAUUUAAAAACCGGCCUAUUUUGGUCCACUCUGACAGCCGAAGGUACAGACGCGUUAAAAUUAGCGAACACUGUUUUUGCGGCACUAAAAAAUUCAAGCGGUAAGUAUGAGGAAGUCCAUCAACGAUAUCUUGUCUCUCAUUUCAUUGCCUUAACUGAAAUCACAGACGCUUUAUCUUCCUCAUUUAGUUCCUGCGUUGUAGCAUCGCCCCUGGCACUGUCUUCAUCACAAAAGGAUUUAAUUGCCUCGGUCUCCAAGGAGGUGUUCGGCUGCGUAGAUGAUUCCCUUGUGAUUCGAGAGUACGCUGCUAUUAUCUACGCACUGGAUAUCGACUCCAGCGAAAUCGAGGAUGUAUCGAUUGUGCUUCUUGCCCCCAACAAGUUCACAUAUAUUCUAGGAGAGGAUUAUUCUACCACCGUCGUUAUUGACACUUUCCCACCUCCCUUGGACUUGGAUCUCGUGGUUUCCAAGUACGAUGUGAAGGAAAUCAUAGUGGCCCGGGACUCAGACGAACCAGAGCUUGGGCAAACCUAUGGAGCAAACAAGAUCCCCAUCCGAUACGAAUCUGAUGAUAUCAUCGCUCGAGGAGCCUUGAUUGUAGCAGAGAACGCAUUACCAGUCCCGCCUGUUUCACUCCUUUCUCUUCCACUAGGAGUUGCGCUCCAUGGAGCUAUAUCGCACCCUGUCAUCCCGAUGUUCGCAGUCCUUCCUCAGCACGUCAAGCUUAACUUGACAACAGUUCAUCACAACCAACGGGCCGCACUUAUCGAACUUUGGGAAGGCCCGCGGGCUCGUGCGACAGAUAAUCUCUUCCUCACCAAACUGCGUCUCGAGGACAUUCCACCUGCCCCAGCAGGAACUGUAUUGAUAGAAGUUACAAUAUCUGUAGAAGAUUAUCCAAACAGGGUCAGAGUCGAAGCGGUCGAGGUCACAUCUGGAAAGAAAGUUUCAACGCUGGUACAAAGAGAUGAGCCUGUCUAUGCUGAAGGAGUACUCGAUGAAUACCAGGCCGCAAAAGAAAGGUUCGCCGAGGAAGAUGCGAAGCUUAGAGAGAACUGGAACAAAAAUCUUCCUCAUCAAACUCAGGUAUGGUCACUUUGA